ACCAGUUUGCUGCAGGCUGCAGAGCUGGAAAACUUAACAAAUAUCAACAAGUUGAUGGUUUUGUGAUUGUUGUUUUUUUUCUGUGGAAGCCGAAUUGAAAGUCUGGUGUGAAAACUGUCCCGACUGUCACCCGAAGAGGUUUUUCCCGGGGUUAAUGGGAGGUUUAUUGUAGUUUUCUUUACUAUCUGUUAAACUUUAUGGACAUACUGUUCACACCCCGGUUUGUUCAACCGCUUCCUGCUCGGUCUGGUCAUUUAACAGUGUGACACCCUGCCACCACCUGCAUAAUGAACUCAAACCACUGAAGUCAUUUGCAGAAAAUCUCACAUAAGCCUAAAUGGCCUCUAUGGAUAGAAAACAUGAGGUUUGCAGCCCCUUCAUUCCACGACGUAACGCAGUGAGGAAAACAAGUGCAGAAAUUGUCAGUGAAGCCAGACGGUCCCUGCGAGUCCACUCCACUCAGCGACCAUUUACUCCCAGAGAUGGACACAGGCAGCUUUUUGGAAAAAGCACUGUUUGUGCUGACCGCGAGGGCAGACCUCCAUCUACCUUUAGUCUUCAUGCUCAAAAUUUUGAUGCACCUGACUCGAGGCCAGGUUCAGGGACACGCCUCUCUCCUUUAGACCAUAAGCCAAAGUUUCCAGUCCUCUGUGAUGUUGAGGAUCCCUUCAAGGCCUUUCCUAAAACCCCCAGUGCCCCACUGGAAGUGAAGAAGGGGGUGCGAGGGACGCGGGCACGCCUCCUCAGGGCUGGAUCUCUCACCACGUUGUCUCCUGUAGAGGGACACAAAGACAUGAAAGAACGAUUAAAUCCAGGCCCAGCACAAAAGCAGCUGUCAGCUAAACGACUCCCCAGUACAGACCACACCGAGGUCCGCAGUGGUCCCCACAAACCAGGCCUACGCAGAACAGCAAGUGAAAGUAGAAUAAAGCAGCCCGGUGUUGACUCAGGCGUUAGACUCACAGAGAGCACAGCAGGACGGAGAACAGAGCAGGGGAACGGAGUCAACACAACAAGCACAGUGGACGAUGCAGAGUCAUUGGUGUGGAAUAAUAUGAUUGUGCCUCGUCUCCAACAACUAGAGAGUGUGGCUGCAGCGAUGCCAGGCAGCUCUGAGGGCUCGGUGGACCGACUGUGUGAUUUGUGUGACGGUCUCCAUGGCACCUUGGCAGAAGCGGACAUGCUCGGCCGACGCUGUAAGAGGAGGUCAGGGAUACUUCGAACACUGUUCCGCCUCGUCGACCUCAACUCUGCCCAGCUCAACCUGCACAUCGCCAAGCUCUGCCUUGCUCUGUGUGUCAGUGGAAACAACCUGCUCAACAUCUGUAAGCUCAUCUUCCAGAUCAGCCGCAGUGAAAGCAACGACAUCCUCUUCCAGAACAACUCUCAUACUAUCAUAGACUCAUUUCUGGGCAUUUUGAACAACAAGGAUGUGUCCUCAUCUGGAGAAGCUCUGCUGUACUGUGUUGGGACUCUGAAAUUUCUCUCAGGAAACAGUGCAAUCCUCAGACUCCUGCUAGACAAGAACUGUGUCGGUGUGGCUCAGAAACUCAUCCAGAGGCUCUGCACAGCUGAAGACACCAACUUCACAAUAGUGGGGCACGUCCUUGUACAGCUGACAGCAACCUUGAGGAACCUUGCAGAUCACCCUGAUUCCCGUCCACUCUUCAUCUCCUUCUCUAUACUGUCAGAGCUCUGUGUGGUGCUGCGUCAUCACCGCAGAGACCCGGACAUCUGCACCAACAUUUCCAGAAUAUACAGUAAACUCUCCUCUUACUCGGAGUGCCGCCUCGCUCUGGCCCAGACCCCCAACUGCUACCAACUAUUUUUAGAACUGCUGAACAAACAUCACCAAAAACAGGACCUCGUUGUGCGCCUUCUUUUCACCCUCGGGAACCUCACGGCCAAAAGCGACGAGGCUCGAUGGCAGCUCUUUCAGUGCGAGGGCUGCAUGGACACACUGCUGCAGCUGUACGACGCCUACCAGCGUAGAGACAGCUCACCACACACACAACCACAGAAAGGUCCCCCUUCCCACAGCGAGUCUCAGGCCCCUCCAGUGAAAGUGCUGCAGGACGAGGACGUGCUGGUAAAGCUGGUCAGGGUGCUGGCAAACAUGUGCAUCCACCCGGCUGUAGGUCCAGCUCUGGCAACCCACACAGCCUGCAUUCAGCUGCUGAUGGAGACACUUGAGCUGAGGUGUGUGCAGGAAAGCGAGGAGCUAUUGGUGAAUGUGGCUGCCACCAUCAACAACCUGUCCUUCUACCAGGAGGAGAGCUCUGUAUUCAGACGCAGUCAACUCACCAUGGCAAAGUUGAUGUUGAAGUUGGUGCUCUGCUCCAGCAUGGACGCCAUGCUUGAGGCCACCUGUGCAUAUGGAAAUUUGUCACAGUCCAAGGAUGUACGGGACUUUAUCAUGCAAAAUAACGUGCACCAGUUUGUAGUGACACUGCUCGACUCAAAAAGCACUGAGAUGUGUAUUUCAGCCUGCGGGGUCCUCACCAACCUGGCUCAGGACCCUCCCAACAGGGCCAGUCUCUCAGUGGAGGGGGCUAUUGCCAAGCUUGUGGACUGUCUGAGAGACUUCGGACCAGGUGAUUGGCAGCUGGUGGGCCAGGUUUGUCAGGCGUUGUGGAACAUGAUCAGCGGUGGCUCAGAGAAGCUGCUGGACACACAGGAGAGAGAGUCACUGCUGGAGAUCCUCACCAUAUACUUAGAUGAAGAGGAGGCUCUGAAGUGGAUAGAGAAUGAAGACAUGAGGGACUUCCACAGGGCAUGCUGGGAGUUAGAGUUCCUUCCCGUCGCUCACAAACUGAUGAAGACGCUCCAGCCUCCGGACCAGACAGCCUGACAAAAUGGGACAAGGAGUUAAGAGUUUCAUGUUAUCAUAGAAACCGUAGCACUGUUUUAAACUCCUAAAUACUUAACCCAGAGUCCACAUAAUAACUGUUAAACACUAACCUCCAGUGGCUGUAAACGUCUGCAGUUUCUUUUUCAAGGGGGAAGCAGGUGAUGCCUUCAUUUCUGGGUACUUUCACAUUUACAGGGAUAAUUUAAUACAAGCUCUUUGCACAUUUAUGUAACAGACUUGAUCUGCUUUGUAAGCUCGCCGUGUUGUAAAAGGCUCUUUUAUGAGAAUGUAGUUUUGAAAACAGAUGACUGACCUAGAAUAAGUAAAUCGUUUAUUGUCUGGUGAUUGUGUGACAUUGGAACUUGUACAUAAUAAAGUAGGUGGAAAAACAUUCUUGCUUCUCAAAGCCUUUAUUAUUACACAGAUAUGGGGCCAGGCAGUGCUUACAAGUAACAGCAAGUAGCCUUCAGUACAGCAUUUCAAAACCACAUCGUUAUUACAUCGAAACAAAUCCAAAACAGCGCUUAAUGUAUAAAAAAAAAAAAAACUGUUGUAAGUUCCUCCAGUUUUCACAAUAUUGACUGUAAAACAACCACAAGACAAGCUGAUGUUUUCAAAAACCCUAAACAAUUCAUUAGCCAAAGCUAAUAACAAACGUUGUUCUCUACAUAGAUGUUCUCAGGUUGAUAUGAAGGACAGUUGGCCGGCUGAUAUCAAGCCUCCUUAACUGAAGUGUCCUAUUCCACGUGUAGUCUGUGAAUGCCACCGAAAUGUGAAGGCAGCUCUGCCAGUGGAGUU